GCUCGAGCUAGAGGUACUCUAUGUGUUACCUUGAAAGCAUUAUACAGUAACUAACUCGAGCCACGAAGAGUAAGGCAGCACCGAAGCUGUUGUCAUGCAGUAGUGAUUUCUUUCUUGCUGUCCGUGACGGAGAUAAGUGGUAGGUGUUGUGUGGGUUAGUCGCGGAGCCUGGCCUGGCCACGGAACACCUGGCGCCGAGGGAGCCGUGUUUGCCUACAACGCUUGCCAUGGGUAAACCAGGGAAGAAGCGCACGGCCGAAGAAGAAGCUGCUAUCCGCGAGGCUCGGCGUGCAGCGGAUCGUGAGCGUUGUCGUCUACGACGAUUAGAUCCCGUUUACAUGGCCAGUGAAAGAAUCAAGAAGCGACAACGAUGGAAGGACCCGGAGUAUGCUAGGCGAAGGCGCGAGAAAGACGCGGAAUGGAAGCGAAAUCAGCGACAAUUGACCGGUCUAACGGAGUAUCAGCGAUGGAAGGCCCGCCUUGCUGCCGGCGUUCCACAUCCAAGGUUGCACCGCAACCAGUACACAUCAUGUGAGAAAACCGUGUCCAAAUCAACAGAGGCUAAUAUAGCCCCCAAGAUAGACCAUGUAUCGACGCAAACUGAUGGAAUGCAAGGUUUCUACAACGCCUGCCCACCAGCGGAAGUGCCACAGCCAAUCAAAGAGUGCCAACCUCAGCAGAAGCAGUUUCCAGAGAGAGAAGAGCCACCGUUGGUUGCCUUUUUAAAUAGAUCAGCGGCUGAAAUACAAGUGCUCCUUCAAUCAAACGAGACGCAGCAAAGUCAAGUGGAAGGGGUUACAAAGCAGCAUCCUCUGUAUUGUAGAGGACCAAGAAUAGCGACUCCAGGACCUGUGAAAGUCGUGGAAGGUGCCAGUGCAUAUGCAAAAGAGGCUGCUGACAAAACCACAUGGUGUACAGGCAUCUAUCAGACCAACAUGUACUCUCCCACGGUCUCCUGUUGGAUGCAAUCCCACGAUCUCGAAGACAGCGACAAUGUUUCUUGAACGUCAGAACCGCUUUUCCAAAGUCAAUGCCUCUAGUCUUGGAAUAUCCAACGAGGACCAGCAGUCGAAUGGAGGAAUAUUGAAAUGGUGAUGGCAUCACAGAUGGUGAUGAUGAGUGCAGACUGACAGCAAGCUCACCUUUAAUGAAGAAGGAGAGAAAAAGGCCCUGCCACAGUCAAUCGAGAGCCCGCACUCUUCAUCGUCAGUGACAGCGCACUGUGCUCAUGGAGGUUUCAAGAUCUGGAGGCUUUGAACUUACGACAGUGCUGUGACCUUUCCAAUGCAACCUGUGCCUACGGAAUUAUUGUAUAUUGAAAUAGUCUUCUCGCGUCUUACAUUGACACAGCCCAAGGGAAUGUGCCGAUUCUGCGAGCACACGCUUGCUCUGCAGUGGUCAUUUUCAGCAAAUAAUUAGCAAAUAAAUGAGAGUCGAAAGCUCGCAUCUAUCGGU